AUGUGCAACGCAGUACACCCACACAUGGGGCGACGUGCAAACUGUAAAAAAAAGAACAUUAUAAAAGUGCAUUACAGACUUCGUAGAACCAGAGGUUGGAAAAACCGGAGCCAGCGACAAAACGGUGACUGCCAAGUCUACGUUCUCACCAGUUUUGUCACCAGCUUCCAGAAGAUACAUCCAUACGGAUCAACACCACAUUGGCUUGCAGUGAUGUUGGCAGAACCUACAAAGAUGACAGAAGGAAAUAAUUCAUGUAAUCAAUCACACGGAGAACCUGAUGGCGAUACAUACGAGACGACGUUAUUUCCAGUCAUAUACUCUCUCGUAUUCAUCAUCGGAAGUUUCGGGAACCUAAUUGCCAUAUGUCUGACCUACAUGUACAUUAAGCAGAAAAACAUUUUGGGGAUUUAUUUGAUGAACCUUUGCAUAUCGGACUUCCUGUACCUCCUGACCCUUCCCAUGUGGAUCGUCUACACGAAGAAUCACGAUUCAUGGAACUAUGGCGAAAACAUGUGCAGGCUGGUCGGCUUUGUUUUCUACACGAACAACUACACCACCAUCAUGUUCCUGUGCUGCAUUGCCCUUGACCGCUGCCUGGCCGUGGCGUUUCCCCUGCGCUCUCUGGGACUACGGCGCAUGUCCGUGGCUAUUGCGGCGUGCGCAUUCGUGUGGGCCCUGCUCGUCCUCUCGCACAUCCCUCUCGUCACGCACCCGCAGCUCUUCAACGAUUCACACCACCACGAAGUCUGCUACGAAAAGUACAAAGAGCCGUGGGUGAUCACCAUCAACUACUUCAGGGUGUUUGUGGGGUUCCUAGUCCCACUGUGCCUCAUCGUGGCGUCGUACAGCUGCAUCAUCCACAUCGUGCGACGCACCAGUGUCGUGGAGAGGCGCCAGAAAGUCAAGAUUAUCAGCCUCAUCGUGGCCAUCCUGGUCAUCUUCGUGGUCAGCUUUCUGCCGUACAAUGUGCUCCUUCUGGUGCGUUCCGUCAAAUUUGGGGAAUACGACCUGGAUGGGACACUCCGCAGCGCCUACAGGCUCUGCUUCACCCUCACAAGCCUCAGCAGUGCCCUGAACCCGUUCCUCAAUGUGUUUGUGUCGGAGAACUUCCCCGACGACUUCAGGAAUGUCGUCACGAUGCUGACACGCUGCCUGACGCGAUCAAAGUGCUGCAAGAGGCUUGAUGACGAAGGGCAACAAAAAUGCGAUCGCAAUAAGCGACUCGAUGACAUUCAGCCGUCUACAAUGUCAACCACCUCUAACGCAGAGGGGUGCAAUGUUUCACCCAGCAUGGGCCAACAUCAAGGAUAUCAUUUACCUCCUCUCGAGCCAGUUGAGUGCUAUGGAAAACGAUGCCAACAUGACACCAACGACAGCAAGAGUGAUAUCCCAUUCACAAGGGUGGACCUGGUAGCCUGUUCGCUAGCAAAAGCAAGCAGCGGGUUUUGCUGACCCUUCAUAUUUUCCUUUUGAUCACGGCGAGUAAAACCCAUGCCACAACUGCCUGUGGGCUGCAGCGUGCACACCAUUGGUCUAAGAACCUACCCAUAUGCUUGCAUGUAAAGCUGGUGUUGAUGUGCUAGGUUACUAAACCAUUUGCUAUCUGAAGAUGUUGUGUGCAACACAAUGUUAAUUAUUAUAUAACUGACAGUAAACACAUUAUUUACAGCUGUAUGUUAAUCAACUCUUAGUUAAAAUCCAUGUCAGUCGUGGUUGUUGCUUAACCUCACUUCGCCAAGCUGGUCAGUGCGAGCUGAUAAAGACAGUGGGCAGGUCCGGUUUAGAUACCAGUCGCCACACACUUUAUCUGUGACUGGGAAUUGACCUCAGAAAAAACACGUAAUUGAAAUUAUAUUUCACACUGUAAAUAUAUCUUUAGAUGUGUGCAUACUGUAUCACAAAAAAUACAUUGUACUUUCAUGUAUAUUCAAAAUAUGUUACAAUAUUCAAAUUAUUUCAAUAAUGAGUAUGUACUCACAUCUGAAACAAUACGACGGUAUGUCUAUGAGCUUAAGUGCGCGGACACUUGAUGCACAAAUGUAAAAUUAAAAACCCUCUGGUGCCAGCCUGUGGUCACCCAAAACAGAACCAUGGAACAUGUGUAGUCGUCACUUCAGAGACACUUAUAGUAGGGGGCACACACCGUUUAUUCUAACACUUCCGCAGUACAGGGAAUAACUACACAUGGGUCAGGACAGCCGGCACACUGUCUGACCCACAACGCCGAGGAGGUGAAGACGGGGACGAAGACUUGCAGACGACGGGUUCCAUUCCAAACGACAGCCCCGACCCAGCGUCGGGACCUCCCUUUUAUACUCCCCAGCGUGGCCUGACUCCGCCCUCGGCCACGCCCCCUUCUGGAACCUACCAGAAGAUUCUGGGCUUCGCCCCACGUGUCCCCUCUGUCACUCUUACCCCACAUCCCUUACCCCGCCUAUCACGCGCCCUGCUGGCAGACCGGCUGCUGUGUCCUCAGAUCCUCGCUCUCUACCAGUAACCAGCGCUAUGCGCCCCAGUGACCCAUUCUAUGUCACUACACAUGUAACGACUCGAUGCCCGAUUCACAAAUAUGAAGCAGGCAUCGCAGCGAUAUUGUCUGCUACUCCUGACACAAUUAUCUGGCUCAAUCACCUCAAUAUCAAUUUAAAGCUGUUACUCUACAUCAG